CUCCGUGUCUCUCCCGUUCUCUCUCAUGCUCUCCCUCUCUCCCUCUCUCUCUCUCCCCGCGUCCAUCCAGCGUAGCGAGUGUGAGUCGGGCGGAGCGGAGCGCACACACCCAGCCAGCUGUAGAAAUAGGAAGAGCUGACUGAGAACGGUGGAAAAACUCUCUUUGAACUUGGCGGCUUCCCAUGACUGAGUUAUUGAACUGUUCCCUCACUGAACCAGUCUUGCUUGUGGGCCAAUGUUGGUGGCGCUGGAGUAGAGGAGAACAGGUUGUGGAUUAUUCGGGAGGAGGAAGAAACCCGAGUGUGAGUGAUUCUUGUUUGGAAAACAGGGAUCGACUGGAGAUUCAGUAUACAUUAUAAUCUCGAUCUAGAAUCUAGUUCUUGGAGUAACUUUGUUUGAAACGUUUCCAACUAUUUUGAGGGAAAAAAACCCAACCAAUACCACACUUUCUGGGAUAAGGAUUUUGUGUCUGUGUGAUCGCGUGUGUGGACUUAUUCAGGAGAUUUCCCACAGUUGUUGCGUGUGUUCAUGAUCGAGGUUUAGUCACGUCAGAUAUCUAAGUCAACCUUGGUCCUCAUCCAGCACCUCCAGGAUCACCCCCACCCCCCAAACCUACCACCAUGGAUACAGACACCAGCCACACACCCCUCACCCCUCUCACCCCCGACGACAACCCCGCGACCCUCUCCCCUUCCUCGCUCAACACGUCACAAGAGGAACCUCUGACCUCUGCUGACGCCACCACGGACACAUCCAGCGGCUCCGAACCCUCCGAAUCGACGUCGACGACGAGCUCGGGCGUGGGAGAAGAUGGUACCUUCAAUGACGCCUACACCAGCACCGUAUCCAGCAUCGACCAGCUGGCCGACUUCCUCAAGGCCAAGGCCUGGGAGAAUGACGUCACAUCCGGGGGUCAACCGGAACCGGAAGCUCCGACGAAAGAGCAGGUUUAUACGAACGACGGCUUCCUGCCCUCCUCACCCCUCCCAGCCACCCACGACAAACCUGCGCCUCUUGCUGGUGACCUACUUCCUGACUCCAGGGUCAAGGACGAAGGCACCACAGAAGUGGAAGACGGCAGCAGUAAGGAAGAAAAAACACCGACGGACGAGUCUCAAGGUCAGGUGGAGGACUUUGUCCAACACCACCUCAUACCUAUCAUCGAAAAUGAGGUCACGUCUUUCAAGGUGGAAGAGGUAGAGCCGAGCCAGUACCCCCGCAUCACCGCCAACAUCACCACGGCGGAUGAGUCUUUCCUCCACGCCAGUCAGGGAAGCCUGUGGGAGGAACCGAACCCCGGCCGCCGGGCUAGCACUAUGCACAACCUGCACGAGAGGGCUAGCUUCCUGAACCUCACCUCUGACGGCCGGAUGGGCAGGGUUCGUGCCGGAACCUACAGAGCAGCAUCAACCACGAGGGUGGCGUGGGAGUCAUCUCUAUGGCUGUCAGCUUCACGGGCUACAUGCUGGGCAGCAUCGUCAGCCCAAGUCUGGUCCAGAACUGCGGUGCCCGGAGUUGUCUGAUCGCGGCUCUGAUCCCUCACUUUGUGUACGUGGCAGCCAACAUCUACCCUGCUAUGUGGCUGAUGGUUCCAGUCUCACUGUGUCAGGGAAUCGCGCUCGCCAUAGCUUGGAACGCCAUGAGUACUUACAUCACUCUCUUGUCAAA